AUGUCCCUGUCUUCCAGAAAGAAACUCCUUUUGAUGGGCCGUUCCGGCUCCGGAAAGUCGUCCAUGCGGUCCAUCAUCUUUUCCAAUUACUCAGCAUUCGACACCAGGCGGUUGGGUGCCACCAUAGACGUGGAACACUCCCAUUUACGGUUUCUAGGUAAUAUGACGCUUAAUCUUUGGGAUUGUGGUGGUCAGGAUGUUUUCAUGGAUAAUUAUUUCACUACACAGAAAGACCAUAUUUUCAAAAUGGUCCAGGUGCUUAUACAUGUGUUUGAUGUGGAAUCCAAGUCCAUCAAUAAGGACAUUGAUAUAUUUGUCAAGUCGCUUACGAAUCUUCAGAAGUUCAGUCCGGACGCUAAGAUUUUCGUGUUGCUCCAUAAAAUGGAUUUGGUGCAGAUAGACAAGAGAGAAGAGUUGUUUGUGAUAAUGAUGGAUAAGCUUCAAAAGAUUUCGAACCCGUUCCAGUUCAAGCUAGUGGGUUUCCCCACGUCUAUCUGGGACGAGUCUCUUUAUAAAGCGUGGUCGCUGAUUGUGUGUCUGUUGAUUCCGAAUAUGAAUCUUUUCAAUAGCAACUUGUUACGGUUCAAUGAGGUUUUGGACGCUGAGGAGAUUAUUCUCUUUGAGAAAACGACAUUUUUGGUUAUAUCGUCAACGGCAUCGAUCCAGCGACAAUCUACACAGCCACCAAACGGGCUUGCCGCCGCCAAUGGGUCGGUGGAGCUGUUGGACCCUAAGCGGUUUGAGAAAAUCUCCAACAUCAUCAAAACCUACAAACAGUCGAUUACCAAGUUACGAACGAGUUUCAACAACCUCGUGAUUCGGGGCUCCAACGGCACAAGCUUCUACGUGGACGUACUCACAGACAAUCUAUUUAUCAUGAUCGUGCUUAAAGACCGGGUGGCCGAGCCCAACUACGUGAAUGCACGCGAAGACCUUGUCAUUCUCGAAAACAUCAAGGCGGCCCGCCGGUGGUUUGAAAAGAUAGAAAAUGCCAAAUAG